CUUGUUUUUGAUUUUUCUUGGUGCAAUAAAUCAUCAAGAAUCUUUAUUCUAAUUAGGUUCAUUUAAACAAAAAUUUCUCUUUUGAAAUGCUGGCAAUUAUUUAAUUAUUGUGAAUAUUUAUAACUUCAUCAAAAUCACGCUAUGUUUUAGUAUAGUACUAUUGGUUGGUUUUUCUAUCCCUGUUGAUUUUCUUUUGCCGUUCAAACCAAUAAAUACAUUAUCUUAGCUUCUGGAAGUACUUUGAGUAACGAAACAUGAAACUGAUAAGCUUAAGUGACAAUGUAAAUAAACCAUGUAAUCUGGUCCAGUUUAAGGAUACCUUGAUGAUGUUUGACUGCGGAUUAGAUGCCCUGUCAACAUUAGGAUUUAUCCCAUUACCUUUAGUUACUAGCAAUCAUUUCUCUUCUCUACCAAAUUGGACCGCUAGUAACAAUCAAGAUACACAACUAGAAUCUGAACUAAAAGAAUGUGAUGGCAAAGUAUUUGUCGAUAGUGCACCGGAGUUUUGUUGUCCUGAGUUCUCGACUAUUAACUUCAAACAUGUCGAUGUUAUAUUCGUAUCUAAUUAUCUUUGCAUGUUGGGGUUGCCUUACAUAACUGAAAGAACCGAUUUUGAAGGUGUUGUGUAUGCUACCGAACCUACGAUUCAAAUAGGUCGUCAGUUUAUGGAAGAAAUAAUAUAUCACAUCGAGAGAACACCCAAAAUAAAACUUGCAUCAAAGUGGAAAGAUAAAUCUGUUUACCAAAAUCUUCCUCUGCCGGUUAAUUUAUCUUCCUUACCACCUCAUUUAUGGAGACAAAUAUUUACCAGCAAAGAAUUAAAUAGUAGUUUCUCUAAAGUCAAAGUGAUUGGCUAUGGUGAGAAAAUCGACAUUUUUGGUGCCUUUCAGAUCAGUGCUCAUUCAUCUGGCUAUUGCAUAGGGUCAUGCAAUUGGCUUAUUGAGACAGCUCACGAAAAAAUUGUUUACCUUUCAAGCACCUCAACAUUAACUACACAUCCAAAACCAAUUGAUUAUGGACCGUUCAGGAAAGCUGAUGUUAUGAUAAUUACCAACCUCACUCAAACUCCAAUUUGUAAUCCUGACAAUAUGUUAGCUGAGCUUUGUUCUCGUGUUACAGCAGCCUUAGCCAGUGGAGGAAAUGUUUUGAUUCCCUGCUACCCAUCUGGAGUAAUCUAUGAUCUAUUUGAAUGUCUCAUUCCUCAUCUUGACAAUUCUGGGUUUAGUACCACACCAGUUUACUUUGUAUCACCUGUUGCAGAUCAAUCUCUUGCCUAUUCUAAUAUUCUCGCUGAGUGGCUUACAACUAAUAAACAAACCAGAGUGUAUCUUCCAGAAGAACCUUUUGGACACUCUUAUUUAGUACGAUCUGGUCGUCUUAAACACUAUCAAGGAAUACACGUUGAAGCUUUCAGUAAUGAUUAUAAAAGUCCUUGCGUAGUGUUCACUGGUCAUCCAUCACUUAGAUUCGGGGAUGUAGUUCAUUUUAUUGAAUUAUGGAAAUCAUCUCCAAAUAAUCUAAUAGUUUUCACUGAACCAGAUUUCCCUUACAAGGAUGCCUUGGCGCCUUAUCAGCCUGUUGCAAUGAAAGCCAUUCACUGUCCGAUAGACACUUCACUAAAUUUCUUUCAAGUGAAUAAACUCAUCAGGGAAGUCAAACCCAGUAACGUUGUUAUUUCAGAAAAAUACACUUCACCUCCUCCAAUGUUUGAUCUUAAAACAGAUCUUAUUGUCGAUCCUGGUCCAGGUUCGGAACUAAUUACUUAUAAACGUAAUGAGACGAUUAGAAUCAAAUUGAAUCGCAAAUACGAAAGAGCUGCUAUUGAUAGCGAAUUAGCCUCAAGUUUGGUUCCUGUGGAAUUAAAAUCUGGUGUUUCAGUGGCAACGGUUACAGGAACAUUAAUCGCAAAGGAUAAUAAAUUUAAGUUGGAAACAUUAACAGCAAACGAAAUUAAUGAAAUUCGACGGAAUAAACAAGGACAGGCAAUCCCACCUCAAUUUUAUACUUAUGGCACUCUUAAUUUACCCAUGUUCAUGCAGUUACUCGGUAAAGCUGGUAUUUACGAUGCUACGAUUGAGCAAACACCUAACGGUUGCAUUGUCCACCUUAGAAGCGAAGAUGCAUUUGUAACAAUAGACGAUUCCUUGACUCACAUUGUCUGUGAUGCUAACGAUUCACUAAGAAUUUUACUUAAAGAUUUAGUUUAUCAAUGUUUGAAAAAGAUUUAACCAAAUAACAGGGUGAUCUUUUUUAGAAUGUGUAAAAUUAAUAGUGUAUCUAUACAUCUACAUCUUCAUCUACAUUUAUCUAUACAUAUAUAUAUUAUUAAUAUAUAAUCAAUUUGUUUAUUUUAAAAGUUAAUUUUCACGCGAACCAAUAAGGUGAAAUGUCCAUUAAAGACGCGUUUUGAAGAAAUAA